AACUGUAAUAUGAAGUAUUUUUAUUUAUAAGUAAUCUUGUGACUAACAAAAUUUGCAGAUAUGAGUAAUAUUUACAUUCAAGAACCACCCACCUCGGGUAAAGUAAUACUGAAAACAACAGUUGGUGAUAUUGAUUUGGAAUUAUGGGCAAAAGAGGCUCCUAAAGCGUGUAGAAACUUCAUACAACUAUGUUUGGAGGGCUAUUAUGAUGAUACCAUAUUUCAUAGAAUUAUCAAAGGAUUCAUAGCACAAGGUGGUGAUCCAACAGGUACAGGAGAAGGUGGUGAAAGUAUAUAUGAACAACCAUUUAAAGAUGAAUUUCACACAAGGCUACGGUUUUGCAGACGUGGCUUACUUGCUAUGGCUAAUGCUGGGAAAGAUGAUAAUGGUUCCCAGUUCUUUUUUACUUUUGCUGCUGCACCAGAAUUGCAGAAUAAGCAUACAAUAUUUGGUAAAGUUACUGGGGAAACUGUAUAUAACAUGCUGAAACUUGAAGAAGCACUUGUAGAUGAGAAUGAUAGACCACUUUAUCCACCAAAAAUUACAAAAACAGAAAUAUUGAGCAAUCCAUUUCCUGAUAUUGAACCAAGGAUAACAACAAAAAAGAAUGAGGAAAUAAAGGAUAGUACAAAGACUAAAAAGACAGGAGUAAAAAAUUUUAAUCUUUUGUCAUUUGGUGAAGAAGCAGAGGAAGAUGAAGAAGAAUCUUCGAUAUUAAAUAAACAAUUUAGUAGUAAAGGCAAGUCAGCACAUGACCACUUAAGUGAUCCAAAAUUAAGUUCACAAACAGCUGUUGAACCAGCAGGCCCUCCAAGUAAAAAAAUGAAGGAAGAUCGUAGUAGCGAUUGGGAAAGUGAUGAAGAUACAAAAACUCCAGAAGAAUUAGAAGCUAUAAAAAAAGAAAAAGAAGCAAUGACAGAAAGAAUAAAAAAUAAAUUAAGAGAUUCAAAAAAGGAACCUAAGAAAACGGAAAAUUACAAAGUAGAUGAUGAUGAUGAAGGUGAAGGUGAAGGUGAAAAAGAUACAAAGGAAGAUGAUUAUUACUUUGGCAAAGAGAUUAGAAAAGAAAUUCGGGACUUAAAACGUGAUGUUCAAAAUGAAAAGAAAGCAAAAGAAGCUGAUAAAAAAUUAAAACAGGAACAAGAAGAAAAAAAAGAGAUGAAAACGGAAAUUAUGAGACAAUAUAUAGAAACUCAAGAGAAAUAUAAAGAAGCAAAGUCAAAGAUUCCUAAAAAAGGCAAAACUCGUGAAGACUUUACUAUGGAGUUAUUAAAGAAAUUUAAAUCUAAACUUCAAAAUGCCAAAGAGACUAAAACAGAGAGAUCGCCGAGUCCACCAAAAAAAGGAAACAGCAAAGAAGAUGAUUUUGACCCAAACGAUGAAUCUUGGAUGGUACACACAUUACAUUGUGAGGAAAUGGCACCUGUUCUUGCUAAAGAUGCAAGCACAAAAGACGACGAUUGGUUUGAAAUUUAUGAUCCUCGAAAUCCGCUUAAUAAAAGACGAAGAGGAGAAAAAUCGCAAAAACCAAGAGAUGAUAAAAAUAGAUUGUCUGAUUCUCAUCAAGACGGUGCUCGUCCAAGAGACUGGCAGCCCCGUAGAUCUCAGUACAAGGUACCGCUCAGGCUAUUGCGAUUAUGUUUACUGGGAAUGUUUCUUCCCGCGGUAUUGGUGGCGGGACCGAUGUACUUGCGAUAUCGCGUUUAUUCCGAGCAGCUGUACCCUUUAACCGUCUCCGAUCAACGGCUUAUCGACGCGAAAGUGUCUACCAUUUGGUGUCAGAGCCAGAUGAUCAAAGCGAAUGCAACGUUCAACGCUUAUCUGAUGAACGAUGAACCCAAAGUGAAAACCGAGGCCCUACCUGUCUCUAUGACGAGACAUUUAAUACUGGAGGACGACAUGAAGGAGUAUUGGGGCUUUUAUCUACUUCGCGGUAGCAGCGUUACCGUUUCAACUUGCGUAAGAUGGCCUGGCGCUUCCUUGACGAUAAUUCGCGGGCACAAACAUCUCCACGAGUGCGCUUUUAUCGGUGACGAUAGCAGCGAAGAGUUGGAGGAAUUUCUGGAAGUAGCUAAAGAAAGUGGACUUCUUUCGGUGAAUGAAACUCUUCGGAUAAUUCGUUUUAGUAAAAGAAAUUGCUUUUUUACCAACAUGCCGGAUAAGAUGAAGAGGGUCCAGCAGGGGAUACAGUUUCACCACAAGGAUCACGCUCACCUUUUGAACAAUUCGAAACACAUAACGAACGCGAUGUCGCAUCAUUACAACAGUCACGAAUUGGACGCUAAAGCGAUGAAAGUGAUUCUCAGCGAACUCUUCGCUAAAACCGUCGGCACGAAGAAAAUGCAAAAAGAGAAUCCUCAUCAUCACUAUGAAGGCACUUUCGUGGAAACGGACAAUAUCGACAAGCCACCGGUGCAAUUUCCCUCGAACGAUACGCAUAAAGUAAGCGAUAAACAGGUGGAAAAUAACAUAAUGAAAACCUUCGAAGAAGUGUUGAAGAAGCAAAGCGUGGUGAAUGUUACCAAAGAAGAAUUAGUGGAAAAGCAUGGAAAAUUAGGGCAUGGAAUGGUUCAGGAGAAUGAGACAACCAAAGAGAAAGUGGUGGUUAAACUUGAAGAGGAAUCAUCGGGAGAAGUGUUCCAAGACGUUUUGAACAAGAUCAGUUCUCUGGGUUAUCGUGGCAAGAAGAUCCUGAAAAGGUUGAUGGAUGAGAUCGAGAAGACGGGUUCCGAGGGUGAAUCUUUGCGAGAAGUGGUGAACAAGACGAUGAACGAUCAAACGCUUUCGGACGCAGAGAAACGUAGAAGAAGAAGAGAUUUGAUUCUCUCCUCACCUCUGCACAAAGAAUUAACUGAGGAAGACGAAGACGGCGAUGCUGCAAUCGAAGAGGAUAUGUUGAACCCAGAUGGCAUAGCCGAGGACAGAGGUACCGUGAACGAGACAACGUUGAACGAUAGAAGCAACUCUGAAUUCUGGAGUUCGUUCAGUAGCUCGGAAGAGAGGCUUCUCGAGUGCAAAGGACUGAUCCUGAAUCUACCAUUAACUCCGCACAGGCAUUGUACGCCGAAACACGAGGGCGAACACUCGACUGCUUCGUUUGCUAAUACGGUUACAUAUCGAGUGCCAACGAACGGCUACUACUUCUUCGUCUUCAACUCGGAAAACGAGAUUCAACCGAAUUACUUGAGGGUACGCUUCGACCUCCUGAAGACCGUCUACAACAUCUCAAACCCUGUCCAAGCCUGUAAGAACAGCACGGCGGAGUGUUCUUUGCCCUUUCGAAUCUUCAGCAACGAGAGAACUGUGUUGGAAUUACCCUUGAACGGCAAUGACUCACAAUGGAACGAAGAAUACGUAGUAGUGUCAACGUGCGAGCCUAGGACAGCUAUUUACCUGAUCUGCAUUAUAUCUGUUCCCUUGCUCAUACUUUUGUUUGCCUUUCAUUGACAUCGCGCUGAGUCAUUAACGAGGAAAGGACAGUAUUCUGAUCUCACGAUGAGAACACUCGCUAAACAAUGCUCACUUGUAAAUAUUAUUUAAGCUUAACCCGAUCAAAAGAGUGAGGACAAAACCAUUGUCAUAAUUGGUGAUAACGCGACAGUAUUUCUUUCUUUCUUCUCGAUACCUUCAAUUGGCGGCUAUGACAGACAUAAUCGAAUUUUUUUUCUUGAGGAAAAAUAUCUA